AUGGAGUUCUUGAGAAAGUACAUAGAGGCAGACCCUUACAGGGCUGUCUUUGGGCGCCGAUUGGACCUCUUCCAGAAAUUUGGAAAGAACGACACUUCAUUGAAUGGUUUCCUUCAGUCGCUGUUCAAUAUGGAAAAACCACCCAAUGUUAGACCGAGAGUAGACAAGUGGCACAGGAGAACUGACACCAACCAUGCUGGACUCCAGUACGACCCUAUCAGUGGACGUAUGGUAGCGAUACCAUCGUCUACUGCACCCGAAUCCAGUAAUGCGGAAGCAGAAAUUAACUCUCAUAAGGCGGUUGACUCCCCCCCAGGCACCGAAGUCGAGGCAAAAUUUGCUCACAGCCCUAAUUUGGCUGGAAAUGGACAAUUUCAGCCUGGAAACACGGGACUGGGUCCUUUGAAAGCCCCGUUGAAUCCACUGUCAACAGUUGUAUGCUCUCCAGGUAGCGAGUUAGAUGCACUCUUUACCUCAACAUCAACCUCUCAGGAUGCGCAGAGCAGGGCUCGAGUUGAGCGAAAGCCCCAUGUAAACAUGGGUUGCCCCCCUGGAAGUGAAUUGGAAAUAUUGUUUGUUUCUGAACUUAUUCCUUCUGCACAACCUUGGCCAGGCGCAUUUAAUGGCAACGGAUCCACUAAUAAACUGGAUGCUGGUUUGACUGCAGAUAAAAACGUGGAAUGCUCCCGGGGAAGUGAGCUGGAGGCAAGGUUCAUCUCCGAUCCCGCCAGCUGCUCUGUCCAGAGUCCUCCGUCUGCGUUGGCGACACAGAUUCCAAACAAGCAAAUUGGCUUUUCAAUUGAUUGCUCAUCAGGCAACGAGCUGGACGCAAAGUUUUCUUCUGAGCCCGCUGGUCUCAGUAUUCAGCCUGCUGGUCCUGUCCUUCAAAAUACCAACGCAUCCUCAAUAACAGGCCCCCAAGAAAGCUUUGAAUGCUCUGCAGGUAGUAAUAUUAAAGCACAUGCAUUAUCAAAGUUGGCCAGUCAGCGCAGUUCCCAAUCGGGAGAUGAGACCUCUAUUGAUUGUCCUCCUGGGAGCGAACUGGAGGCCAAGUUCGUCUGCAACCCGGCUUCAACUGACGAAAUGAAAUCAGGACUAGAGCUACCUUCUAGCCUUGCUACAUCCAAGAUAGCCAAGAAUAUCGUCGACUGUACACCCGGGAAUGAACUGGAGGCAAAAUCGAUUCUGGAAAGGGCGAGUGCCGAGGACCCCAGUGAGAAUAAGGACCUGAGCCCCCUGGACACGGACAUCCCCUUACGUUAUACUCCUUUGGAAUUAGACGUGCCAGACACCCCGCUGAAUUUUGAUACUUCCGAAGACCGCGUUGGCGACUCUAUUAUCCAAAGUCGGAACCUAGGCACUGAGACAGGAGAGCAACCGGCAGCCUUCCCUUCCCCUAAAUUCCAUAUUCUUGCUUUUGAUACGUCGACGUCGCAAGUCACAGCUUCACAGGCAGACUCAUUCUUCGGUAUUGACGAAGAUAGUCGACCAAGUGAGAUUCUAUCUCGACUGCACAACCCUGCCAAAUUCCUGCCCUAUUUUGAGAAAAUGCAAGAAGAUGGCUACGAAAUUGCAACCGGCGGAGGCAACAUCCUUGUCUUCCGAAAAUCUCAAAGCAUCCCUCGUUAUAACCCAUCGAAUACCACAGCAGACCAGGAACAAGAAAUUCACACCGAGAUUGCCAAACACAUUCGCCACGACUCAAUGGAUUCCUCGGCUACCUACGCCGGAGCUCCCUGGCAAUCCACCACUGAGCCUCCUCCAGCAACUUCACCCUCUAGCUCUGAAACCGAACGAACCUCAACAUCCGAGUCUUCGUUUCGCAAAAUAGGCCGUAGAAUUCUCAUUGCGAGCACAGCUACCUUAGCGACGUGUUAUGCUGUCGGAGCCAUGGCCGAGUUCUUCCGCACCGGUGGAAAGGAUGGGCGUGGAAUUGAUGGGUUCACUGUGUUUGAGUCUGAUCGGCGUCGUCGAGAGAUCAUUGAAAGCCAGUCAUUGGAAUUUCAUUAA